AUGUUUUUAGAUGAAAUGCUAAAGGCCCGUUGGCGGACCCUACGAGAUAAAUUUUACAAACACUUAAAAAAGAGACCAUCAGGAAGCGGCGUGUAUUCGCCACACAAAAAGAGUAAGUGUAUGGAGAGCCUAAAGUUUUUAAAGGACGUUGAAAUGGACAACUUGAACACACAAGGCAAUUAUGGCACCGUAAUGACAGAAGGUGACGACUCCUUCCUCAGCGACUUUGGUGAAUCCGCCUGUAGCAGUGUCAAUUUAAACAUCUUUUCUCAAUCACCGCAGACGCAGACACAGACGCAGACGCAGACACAGACACAGACACAGAAAGUUCCAUGGGAUUAG